AUGCCGGGUCCAUCAUAUAGUAGGCAGAGAAAUGCCAAUAGUAUUGAUCUUCUACGAGGUAUCUCUAAUGCGUUGAAACGUUCACUUGACAACAAGAAACCUUCAACUACUCAACAAAAAGGAACUGAGAGUACACAAAAGGUCGGCAAGACAUAUUUAUUACUGCUUCUCAAAAGAUUAGGUGAUUUCAAUAGUAGCUAUCAAGAGAGAGGUCAAGCUGCGGUUGAGGUAAGACAACUACUGGACGGCUUAGACCAAAAAUCUGUACCCGCUGUAUGGUAUUCUGCACAUGAUCUGAUAGACAGCACAGUUCCACAGCAUAUAAGAAGAGCAGCUCUCGAGCUAUUAUAUGAAUGCAUAGUACGAUGCGAAGAAGAUUCACUAAAGGUCGUUUUUUUCCCUCUGGUUGUAAACCAUAUGAUCGAGUUGAUGGAAAAGAACGAGGUUUUCGAGCUCAACAGUGAAGUUGCGCUCUUGUUAUCAUGUCUCAAUGCAAUUGUCAGGGAUGCCAGUCCUCUGCUGAAAACAGAUGACAUCUCAGUACUUACCGCUAUCAUUGAUGAGAUAGUUCCUCUCACCAGUCAAAAGAAUUUAGAUAACAUUUACCCUGAAGCCCUUUUACAACUGAUGAGCCUUAUACAGAAACUAAUAAAACCUGUUAAAGAGGGCGCUCUUCUUGGUGUUGCAAGAUUGGAUAAUUAUAUGUUACAAAUGGGAGAGGAUAUCGGAAACAAAUUUUUUUGCGGAGUAAUAGAUUUCUUUACAUGGUUAAUGAGAAACCACAAGCAGCAUGUUUCAGCAGAACUUCUUCAAGAAAUAGCGGCUAGUGUCAUCUACAUGUCAGGGAUUUUGAAUGAAAGGAAAGAAGAAAUGGUUCUUUAUGAUAUGGAAUUGCUCUUAAAAGAGAUUUCGAAAACUUCCAAAAGAGUAUCUUUUUUAGAACAACUGUUUUCUUUGAAUGCUAUCAAACCAAAGGAAACCAAUAAAAUUUUCGAUUCAUAUGUGAUUAUGCUUCUUUCAAAGCUGCGAUCUAAUCUGAUUGAUAACGACACCAAUGAGAGUCGACAUGAGAUAAUCAUGGUUGCAAAUAAACUUUACCAGCAAAAAAAGGAUAGUAUCCUUUUGAAGCUAAUACUUGAGAUUUUGAAUGUCAAUAGUAAAAAUAUGGAAAGUUUCGUGGACGAUGAAUUCUUUCUAUCUACCACAAAGAAUGCUCUCGGCUUAUGGCAACUAAUAAGACUGACCCUAAGGAGAAAUUCAUCAUUAGGGAGGCUUUUUGGUCAUAAAAUAAUAAAUAAAAUUUUCAAGAAUCAUGGUAUCAGUUCUUCAAUAGGAAUAAACAACUUAUUACAGUUCACGUUUGCAGAAGGUUUAUCUGCAGAUCCAGGAAUUAUUGUUUGUGCUCUUGAGGCGGAAUCGGGAAUAAUUUUUGAGUUGGAGACACUUCGUCUGUUGGUUAUUAAUAUAAUGGUUCCAAGCACAAUGAUGGAAGUUCGCUUACGUGUAUGGAAGCUAUUUAUAAAUCUUGCGAGAGAUGCAAAAACCAGUUUUCUUUCUCCAGACGUUAAUAAGGAUAGUUUACUAACAAUGCUUUACGCCAAAAAUGAAUCUUUAGAAUUAAAUAGCGAAGAGGCAACUUUGUUUGAGGAACUGAUAUAUGCACUCAUUCAAGAGCUUGAUGCAGAUCAAGUGAAAGAUUUCAUUCAAGAUUACAUUUACCCUGAUAUUUAUGACACACUUGGUACACUAAGACGCAGAAAGAGUAUUGUGGGUGCUAUUGGAACUUUCGCCAGGGGAUGGCAAACAUCUGAGCGUCUCGCGAGGAGAUUAGAGAUUUUGAUUCAUGGUCUUAUCAGAUCUUUUAUAUGGAGUGCCACUGAUGAUAGUGGUUUCAAGUGCAUUUUCUUGUACCAGACACUCAUCAAAGUCUAUGGACGUGCAGCAGGCUGCGCCCAUGCAGAUACAUUACUUGAUAUUGCUCGAGCAAUGAUUAGAAUAAGACGCGACAUAUCUGGAUACUUAUACUUCAAAAACCCAUCAGAUGCAAUUGGAAUUAGCUCUGCUUUUGGUAGGAACAAGAACUUACUAAAAGAACCUCAACAAAGGUUUAAAUGGACCUUUCCCGAGUCGACAAAAAUUAUCGAUGACAAUUUGCUAGAAAAGCACAAUAUACAUGUUAUGUUUGAUGAUAUCAACGAAAAAUCAACUCAAUGUGUUGAUAUUGGUGCCUGGCUUUCGGCCGCCAUAGAUACGAUAGAAAUUCCAAGAGAUCUGGAAAUUUACUCCUACUUGUUAACACACUUGUGUGGACAACUGUCCGAUAUUACUCUUUUCAAAUGCCAUCACUCUUUGAUAGAUAGAUUUAAAAGGGUGAUUUGUAAUCAUUUAACCAAUUCCAUCCCUUCCAUCGUCCCCCUGGGUGACAUUAUCAGUAUCUCUGAUCUUCAUUCAGCUUAUGUACGCAACUUGUCUGCGGUACUUGCAUAUCAUUCAUUUCAGUCCAAGAGUUUUGCAGAUGAAUUGGUCAAUGCCCUGGUUGGUGGUCUCACAUCCUGGGAGAAAACUUUGAUUCCAAUCUUACAUAUUUUGACAAUUAGCUGUUUCGAAAUUCCGCAGUCGAUACAAAGAUAUUUAACUCCCAUUUUGCAACAUAUCCAAAAAAGGAUUACAAGUUUAUAUGCAACAGCUUCAAUCCUUGAGUUUUUUCUUGCAUUAUGUGAGUCUCGAAAAUUGAUUUCGAACCUGACUAUUGAAGAAAUCAAACGAGUAUUCGCAAUUAUAUUCAAGCUUAUUGAAAAUUCAGUGGAUCUCAAAAUAAGAUCAAAACAAAAAAGAGAAGCAGAAGAUUAUGAGGUGGAAAAGUCAGCUCCAUAUCAGCGUUUGGAAUACGAAAUUGAUAUGUCUCCCUCCACUGAGUCAUUUCUGAUCAAAGAAUCGCUGGCGGAAUUUUUCCAGAAUCAGUCGUUUCGAGCACUAUCCAGCUGGUUUUUACAAGUGAAUGAAAGUUGCAAGCUAGAGCUAAUGCCAUUCAUAAUAAAGAAUCUACAAAGUCUAAGAGCAAUCAAAUCCCUAAAAAAUGACGCCACAGCUUACAUGGACUUUUUCAGCAGGUCCCGUUUUGGCCCUCAAGGUAGCGACAAUAUCAUUCAUGGUGAAUUAAGUGAUUCCGCUCUUGAAGAAUCAUCCAAAAUGACUAGAUGGAUUCAUGACGACGGAUUGAUUUCUAUUCGGGUACACGAUUCACUAAAGAAAGCUAUUGUUAGUGUACGAAAACCAUCAUGCAAUCGAAUAUUUGAGGUCGAUCUGUCCGUUUCUACUGACACCCAACCUUCAUAUGACAUUUUUAAUUUUCCUGAUGAAGACGAAAACAGCGAAUCUUUGAGAUCAAGUAAGGAAGUGCCUAUUGACCCAGAGCAGGUACUAUUUCAACUGCUAUACAUUGGGAAGAUAAAUGCAAGUUUUGAGAACUCUUUCGUUAAGAUUCCAGAUGUCAUUUCUUUUAGACGUUCAAUUAAUGCAUUUGAUCGAAUACCAGAUGUAGACAUACAAAAAGCCGGUAUUGUAUACAUAGGUCCUUCUCAGAGAACCGAAGAAGAUGUUCUUCGCAACACUGAUGGAUCCUACCAAUAUCAGUGGUUUCUCAGUCAAAUGGGGAAAUUUAUUAAAUUAGAUGAAGUAUCCAAGUUUUUUUACACAGGUGGUUUAGUUCCGAAAACUGAUGGAGAGUAUGCUUUAGUUUGGAGGGAUGAAAUCACGCAAAUUGCCUACCAUACAGUAACUCUGAUGCCUAAUGAUAGUGAUAGCAUCUCGAUGAAGAAAAGCCAUGUGGGUAACGAUCUCGUUAACAUAUUUUACGAUGAAUCGGGCUUACCCGAUUUCAAUUUCAACAUUAUAAAGAGCCAGUUCACAUUUAUUAGUAUCGUAAUCACACCUCAAAGCGUAGAUUGCGAGGAAAAUCAAGCGAUAGCCGAUCAUUACAAAGUCAAAAUGUAUCGAAGAAGCGGAACACCCGGUCUUCUCUCUUGUACGCACUUCAAGAUAAUUGGAAAGCCAAACUUAUCGAGAUAUGUUCGUCAUGCAUGCCUAACUGCCAAUGCGUUUGCCCAGAAGUACUGCGAAAAUCGUUCUUCGGACGCUUGCUCUAUAUGGGGUGUUCGUUGUAAGCAUCUAACAACUCUAAGGGAACGUGUAUGCGCCGUGCUGUAA